UCCAAAGGGUCCAUCCAGUUCUGGACUACGAUUUUCAAAAAGUAAACAACCCGCCACAAGACAAAAUCCAGAUAACAUGGAUUGGACAUGCUACUGUGCUUGUUCAGAUGGAAGGAAAGAAUAUUCUAGCUGACCCAGUAUUCAGUGAGAAGUGUGGCCCAGCUGGUUUUGGCUUACAAUUAGGCUACACACGGUUUCGGUGCCCUGCGUGUCAAGUAGAAGAUCUACCGCCCAUACACGUUGUGCUCAUCAGUCAUAACCACCACGACCACUUAGAUUCACAGUCAGUCAGGGACAUUGCUAAACAUCACCCAGAUGCCAAGUGGUUGGUUGGUUCAGGCAAUGCAAAGUUUUGCAAGACGAGCGGAUGUAAAGAUGUGGAAGAAUUGAAGUGGUGGGAACCUAAAACUGUUGGUGCAUUUACAUUUGUAUGCACGCCAACGCAACACUGGUGCCUGCGAUAUCCAGACGGCUUUAACCAUGCGCUAUGGUGUGGAUGGGUUGUGAAAAGCCCAAAUUUUAAGUAUUACUUUGGCGGGGAUACGGGCUACCAGGAUGAGCUAUUUAAGUUGAUUGGCCGAAAAUAUGGACCCUUUGAUCUUGCAGCAAUCCCAAUAGGUUCUUAUGAGCCCAGAUACAUCACCGAAUUGGAGCGCGUGAAUCCGGAGGAAGCUGUGGAUAUCCACAAGGACAUAAAUAGUAGAGUCUCAAUUGGUAUUCACUGGGGAACAUUUGAACUGACAAAUGAGUAUUUCUUGGAGCCACCACAGCGGCUGGAAAAAGAGAUGUACAACAGAGCUCUGGACCCAAAGACGUUCUUCAAUUUGCGAAUCGGAGAGACAUGGGUAGUAGGGGAAAACCGGGAUUAUAACCCUCCUUUCAUGGAAAGAGAAAAAGAGGGAACACCGAGACUGACAAAUGGUCCAUUUGAUGGAGAUCUAAGUGGCUAUAAAAGGGAGACCGCUCUGCAGAAAUGCGAAAGUGAUCACCUUCAUAGGACUCACAGAAUAUGCCAGGAUAUUAAAACGAAAAGUGAAGUGCAGCAAACAGAGCGUUCUAAUCCGAAAAGAAUUUCUGCAGAUGAACCAUCGCCACACAACAAUCAUGCAGAUUCUGCAACUGGAAUGAAACCAACAGGGCGUUCUAAACCGAGAAGAAGUUUGUCUCCAGAUGCACCAUCGCCAAGCAACAAUCAAGAUUCUGCUUCUGGAAUUAAACUAACAGGGCGUUCUAAACCGAGAAGAAGUUUGUCUCCAGAUGCCCCAUCGCCACGUAACAAUCAAGAUUCUGCUUCUGGAAUUAAGCCAACAGGUCGUUCAGCACGAGAUAGAUAAUGAGUGUGACAAUAUAUACAGUGUUGUCAGAGAUCUGAUUUAUUGUGUUUUGAUUCUCUCUCUCAAGGAACUUAUUCGGACUUGCAUGUGGUUUAACCUCGUACUGCACGAACUUCCCAUGUAUACUUCAAGAACUGUCAAUUAGCAGUCACAACUGAAUUGAAAAAAAACACUUUGUGUUUAUUACGUGCUUCCAAAUGCUCAAUAUUGAUUGUACGUGUUAUGUUAAAGGCACAUAAGCUGAAAUCUUGAGAUGUAAAAUAAAAUAUAUCUGCAAUUUGAAAAA